AUGGUCCGUCUGAGGGAGAUCCCACGGACGGCCACCUUUGCUUGGUCCCCUGGCGCGGCGUCACCAUUGAUCGCCACCGGUACCCGGGCAGGUGCUGUCGAUGCCGACUUCUCAAACAAGACAUGUCUUGAGCUCUGGGACUUGAGCCUGGAUCACCAGGAUGCGAGCGAGGAGCUACAGCCACUAGCUAAGAUUGAUACUGACUCGGGCUUCAAUGAUAUUGCAUGGGCAAAUUUCGAUGAGAGCAAGCGUGGUGUCAUUGCUGGUGGCUUAGAGAAUGGUUCAUUGAACCUCUGGAAUGCCGAUAAAUUAAUUGCAGGCGCAAGUGACUCCUUGAUGUCGAGAACCUCCAACCAUUCCGGUGCCAUCAAGGCCCUUCAAUUCAACCCUAAGCACUCAAACCUCCUGGCCAGCGGUGGCGCGAAGGGCGAACUUUUUAUUCACGAUCUUAACAACAUCGAAAACCCCUUCAGGCUGGGCAAUAAUGCGGCUCGCACUGAUGAUAUCGAAUGCUUGGAUUGGAACAAAAAGGUCGCUCAUAUCAUGGUCACCGGUAGCAGUGCCGGAUUCGUGACAGUCUGGGAUGUCAAGACCAAGAAGGAGAGCUUGACGCUGAACAAUAUGGGCCGGAAAGCUGUUAGCGCCGUUGCUUGGGACCCUGAGAAGCCCACCAAGCUGAUCACAUCCACACCUCUCGAUUCAGACCCAAUGAUCUACGUCUGGGAUCUGCGAAACUCACAUGCACCGGAAAGAACCCUCUCUGGUCACGAGUCUGGCGUGCUCUCGCUUUCAUGGUGUGAUCAAGAUCCCGAUCUCAUGCUUUCAUCAGGCAAGGAUAACCGCAACAUUUGCUGGAACCCACAAACCGGUCAGGCUUACGGCGAAUUCCCCGUUGUCACCAACUGGACUUUCCAGACUCGUUGGAACCCUCACAACCCGAACUUCUUUGCCACCGCUUCUUUCGACGGCCGAAUCUCGAUCCAGACUCUCCAAAACACAAAGACCGACAGUUCGCAAGCCAUUGCAGACCAGAACCAGGCUCUCGAUGGAGAGGACUUCUUUGCCAAGGCCCAGACACAGCCUCAGGUUUCAAAAUUUUCUCUUCCUAAGCCCCCUCGGUGGAUGGAGCGUCCUUGUGGCGCCUCCUUCGGGUUUGGUGGCCGUGUUGUGUCUGUUGGCCUUGUAGAUAAGGCUAAGCGUGCAUCGAAGAUCCAGAUCACACCUUUUGAGGUUGAUGAGAGUGUUGGCAAUGCCACUGAGAGCUUCGAGGCCGCGCUGAAAGAAGGUGAUCUUCGUAGCCUCUGUGAAUCUCGAGCUGCAAAAGCUUCGAGCGAUGAAGAAAAGAUCGACUGGAAGGUGUUCGAAGCUCUACUCUCCGAGAACCCUCGCAAGGGCUUGGUUGAAUACCUUGGCUUCCAAGACCAGGCCGACGAGGCUGCUGAUAGCUUGGAAAAGCUUGGCAUUGAGAACAAGGAAGGCGAUGAAGCCAAUGGCGAGGCUGAGAAACCAAAGGCUCCUGUCAAGAAGCACAAGCGUCUUCAAUCUAUGUUCGACGCCACCCCCGAUGACAAUUUCCUGACCGACCUUGCCGCAUCUAAGGGUGCCCGUACCAACAACCCAUUCCAGAUCUUUAACGGAUCCGAAACUGAGGCUGAAAAGAGCAUCACUCGCGCCCUGCUUCUGGGAGAGUUUGAGAAAGCUCUUGAUGUCGCUCUGAAGGAAGAUCGUUUGUCUGAUGCUUUCAUGAUUGCUAUCUGCGGUGGGCAGAAGUGUAUCGAGAAGGCGCAGGAGUACUAUUUCUCAAAACAGGUUGGUGGACCAAACUAUAUGCGCUUGCUGGCUUCUAUUGUUGGCAAGAACCUGUGGGACGUCGUCCACAACGCCGAUCUCUCCAACUGGAAGGAGGUCAUGGCUGCUCUUUGCACAUUCGCCGAUGAGAAAGAGUUCCCUGACCUUUGUGAUGCCCUUGGUGAUCGCCUUGAGGAGCAGUACCAGGAGUCUGGGGACAAGGCAGGUCGUAAAGAUGCUUCGUUCUGCUUCUUGGCUGGCUCGAAGCUCGAGAAGGUUGUGUCCAUCUGGGUUGAAGAAUUGCGUGAAAACGAGCAGAAGGGAAUCGAGACCGACACUGACAGCUCCACGUUCUCUGUUCAUGUUCGCGCCUUGCAGGGCCUGAUCGAGAAGGUCACUAUUUUCCGCCAAGUCACGAAGUUCCAGGAUCUAGAACAGAGCAAAGAUUCCGACUGGCGUCUUCAUACCCUCUACGAGAAGUACAUCGAGUACGCAGAUGUUUGUGCUAGCCACGGACGGCUCGAGGUUGCUCAGAAGUACUUGGAUCUUGUGCCUGAAAAGCAUCCGGAAGCUGAGGUUGCCCGCAACCGCAUCAGACUGGCCACUCGACAGGCACCUGCUUCUCGGACUGCUCAGCGGACUGCAACACCCCAGGGCGGCUCUAAGCCCCUUCCCCUCUCAGCCUUACGCAAGCCUUAUGGCGCUACGCCCAGCCCUUAUGUUCCUCCUGCCCAGGCGGCAGCACCAGCGUCCGCUAGCCCUUAUACUCCUGCUUCAGCGCAGGUCCCCCCUCCAAAUCCAUUCGCUACAUUUGGUGGUGCGGGCGCUGCCGCUGCUCCCUCAACUACCGGAUUUAAAUCUGGUGGCUACCAGCCCACUGGUGGUAUCAAGCCGUCACCUUACGGUCCCGCUACUCCGUUUGGUGGGCAGCCUGCUGCCGCAGGUGUUCCUCCGCCACCACGGAACCAAUCACCAGCCAACACAGUGACCACUUAUACUACCGCCACUAACUUGCCUGCGUGGAAUGACCUCCCAGAGGGUUUUGCCAAAUCUACUCCGUCGCGCACACGUACCCCUGCCGCGGCCAGCGCUACCAUAAGCUCUCCCUUCCCUAAUCAGUCUCCACCUGUUGCCGGCCAGCGUCCUCCAUCUGUUCCCCCUCCACCCCGAGGUGCAGCUCCUCCCCCGCGGGUGACAUCUCCCUUGGCCUCAAGUGUUGCGUCCCCUCCCCCGCCAGUCAACCCAUAUGCCUCGCUCCCUCAAUCUCCGCCGACAGGCGCGACCAUGGCCCCGCCGGCUUCAAUCCCCAGAGGACCAUCUCCUUAUAAUCCGCCUCCGAGCAUGCCACCAGCAAACAACCGUUAUGCUCCUAGCCCGGCAUCCCAGGUGCAGACCCCACCUGUUCAGUCUUCGGCUGGUGCGACACCCUACGGUGCACCUGUCGCAGCGCAGACCCCUCCGCCAAACCCUUACGCCCCUCGUGCAUCGGCCGCGGCUGUGCAGCCUCCUCCCAUGGCGUCGCGGGUGCCCUCCUCCCCACAAGCAGCUCGACCCGGGUUUGCUCCUCCGCCGCCCGCCAAUGCUCCCCGCGGUACUCCGCCCCAGAGCUCACCCCAGGCGCCCCCUGCAAUUCAUGAGAUCUUGUCAAGGGAAUGGGACCACAUCAAAGCUCGAGCCCCGCCAACACCGGAUGGACGAGCUAAUGCUAAGAUUGAGAAUACUACCAACAGCUUGAACGUCCUAUAUCAGCAGAUCAACAGCAACUCUCUGCAGCCUGAGACACUGGGCAAGCUGGGUAACUUCGCCACCGCGAUCCAAUCCCGUCAGUAUGAUGUCGCCGAGUCGAUUCUUGAUGAUCUCAAGAACAACCAUCCCGACGAGAGCAGGAGCUGGGAGGCUGGUCCACGGUUCAUUGUCAAAAUCCUGAAGUCCCGGAAGUAG